UCGUGGGAGGGAAGGGGGGUGACGCAGCAGCUACAGACACUUCAAAAAAAGGAAAAAGGCCAAGAGACAACUGCAUAAUCAUACUGCGGCACCUGGUUUUUUUCCCCUGCGUGACUGGAGCAGCUGCUUGCGGAGUUCUGCACACUGCGGAGUUCUGCAGUCUCUGCUUGCUUCUUCACGACCCAUCACAGCAGCCAUACUCCCCCCAGCAUCUCUACCCAGACCCUCAGGCUUUAACUCCACUCUCACAGCUUCAGCACCGCUAUUUUAUCCCCACUGUUGUUUUCCAUCGCAUCGGUCCUGUAGCCCAGCCGCCACUGCUGUUCGACCUCUGUCUCCGCCGCCGCGCAUCUGGUAUUUUGGUGAGUCUUUUUCUGCGGAGGUCAGGUCCCCUGAUCUGGGUGAUAGCCACCAUAAGCGAGGGCGGUCUUAAAAAAAAAAAAUGGCCGAGGCAGCAGAUCGCAAGGAACAGUCAGAAUCCAGUCAAGAAGAGGUUGACAGUAAGGUAAUGGCGGAGGGGCCCUGGGAAAGUCAGGACCCCAGUGAAGGUGCCUCCACUGAGCCGGGAGAUGGCGGGGAACGUGAUGAAGAAGCCGCCGGUGGGACUGGGGAAGAAGAGGGAAAAGGUGAAGAAGCCGCUGCAGGGUCUGAGAAAGAUGGGGGGAAAAGCGGAGAUACUGAUGAGGACUCAGACCCAGACCGUCCGAAAGGACUUAUCGGCUAUCUUUUAGAUACGGACUUUGUUGAAAGUCUCCCAGUUAAAGUUAAGUACCGAGUCUUAGCCCUCAAAAAGCUUCAAACCAGAGCGGCCAAUUUAGAAUCCAAAUUCCUGCGGGAAUUUCAUGACAUUGAAAGAAAGUUUGCUGAAAUGUACCAGCCCUUACUGGAGAAAAGACGUCAGAUCAUCAAUGCAGUCUAUGAACCCACAGAAGAGGAAUGUGAAUAUAAGUCAGAUUCUGAGGACUUUAACGAGGAGGAAAUGGAUGAGGAGGAAGAGACGCACGGUAGUGAAGAGGACAUAGUGCAUGAAUACGUGGAUGAAGAUGAUGGUUAUGAGGACUGUUACUAUGAUUAUGAUGAAGAUGACGAGGAGGAGGAAAAAGAAAACACUGAGGCCACCGGAGAACAUAAUACAGAAGAGGAUCCGAAGGGAAUUCCGGAUUUUUGGCUGACUGUUUUAAAAAACGUUGAGGCACUCACUCCUUUGAUUAAGAAAUAUGACGAGCCAAUUCUGAAGCUUCUGACAGAUAUUAAAGUGAAGCUUUCUGAGCCUGGUGAGCCUCUCAGUUUCACAAUAGAAUUUCACUUCAAACCCAAUGAAUAUUUCAAAAAUGAGCUGCUGACAAAGACUUAUGUGCUGAAGUCAAAGCUAGCAUUCUACGACCCCCAUCCCUACAGGGGAACUGCCAUUGAAUAUGCCACAGGCUGCGACAUAGAUUGGAACGAAGGGAAGAACGUCACACUGAGAACCAUCAAGAAGAAACAGAAGCAUCGGAUCUGGGGAACCGUCCGAACUGUGACUGAAGAUUUUCCGAAGGAUUCAUUCUUCAAUUUUUUCUCUCCUCAUGGAAUCAACUUAAAUGGAGGAGAUGAAAAUGAUGAUUUUUUACUUGGUCACAAUUUACGUACUUACAUAAUUCCAAGAUCAGUGUUGUUUUUCUCAGGUGAUGCACUUGAAUCUCAGCAGGAGGGUGUGGUUAGAGAAGUUAAUGAUGAAAUUUAUGACAAAAUUAUUUAUGAUGAUUGGAUGGCUGCAAUUGAGGAAGUUAAAGCCUGUUGCAAAAAUCUUGAGGCUUUAGUGGAAGACAUUGAUCGCUAAAGCAGAAAAAAAUACCUCUGAAAUUAACUGCUGGAGGUGUAGUUAUUAACCACGUAAGAAGUUAAUUGCAGUGUUGUGUUCUGUACUUUUCUUAUGUCAGUUAAAAAGUUAAAAUACUAAUUAAUUUGACCUUGCAUUUCAGUGGUAUGUUUUCAAGACAUAUAGAAUGUGGUAAAUUAUUAAAUACAUUAAAAUAGUGUGUAGUUUAAUUCUCCUGAAAUAUUUUUGUCUUGUAGCUGUUAAUCUGUGCCUGUGACUAUUAGAAGUGUUAAAUGAGAUUAUUUGUUUGUAUGCAGAGGAAAUGUUGGUAGCCAGCCUAAGAGUUCUGCUUUGUUUUGGAUUUUUGUAUUCUUAUUUUCUUAGUCCUUUAGCCAGUGGGCUUAAUUUUAUUGUGCCUGCUUCAUUUUGCAGUAGGAAUACAGUAGAAUUUAAAACUCAAAUGCCUAAGAGGCCUGUACAUGACUGAGAAUUUCAGGCAAAGCCACAUUUAUUAUUGAUAACAGCUGUGCACAGGCUCCUGUAUUUUAUGUGACUGUGAUAAAUAAUAAAACUCAGUUGUAUUGAAGUUGCUGUUUAUUAUUGAAGUGUUAGUUAUAGCAUUUUAAAAUUUGCAACUAUUAUUCUAUGUAAUCGUGUAAAGCGUAUUACAGAGCAUAAUUUUCUUUUCUUAUAAUAUAUUGAAUCAUUCACUGAAA